AUGGGGGGGACAGGAGUUCAAUUCUACUUGGACACAAACUCUUUCACACCAACUGGGGGACUCAGCUCAAGUCCGCUAGCUCUCCUAGCUCGGCCAAUAGCUCCCCUAGUUUGCCUAACAGCUGUCCUCCCUCGGUCAGCAGCUCCUCUAGCUCGACUAACAGCUCCACUAACUCAGUCAACAGCUUCUCUAGCUCAACAACUUAGUCCAGUCAUAUCUGCUGUGUCCAGUGGUUGCGUCGGAGGCGACUCCGGCACUGAGCCUUAUGUGGUUGCCCACCACUUGCUCCUUGGUCACGCAGCAAUUGUGAAAUUGUACAAGAAGAAAUACCAGGCAUCUCAAAAGGGCCAGAUAGGAAUUGUUCUCGUCACUCAUUGGAUGGUGCCCUACUCCAGCAGCAAAUCGAAUCAUAAAGCAGCCCAACGAGCCCUUGAUUUUAUGUUGGGAUGGUUUAUACACCCAUUAACUUAUGGCGACUAUCCAAAAAGCAUGCGUACCUUCGUCGGAAGACAUUUACCGACGUUUAUGGCUGAGCAAGCUAUGAUGGUGAAAGGGUCUUUUGGUUUCCUUGGGCUAAAUUACUAUACUGGAAAUUAUGCAUCUAAUGUUCCUUUUGCCAAUAGUAUUAAUGUCAGCUACUCUACAGAUUCACUCGCUAAUCUUACAAGAGUCGAUGUUGCACCAAUUAAAAAUCAUGAAUAUGAAUAA